AUGGCGGACAUCUUUUCUCUCUUCACCUCUCUCCGGUAUGAUCCUAGUCUAUUAGAAGUCCCUUCCAAAGGCAUUGACUACGCCGGGUGGAAUGCCGCCAAUAAGUCGCCCUUUUACAUGCUCGACUAUCAUCGCGAUCGCAUGCUACGGGCGGCGACCCAUUGGAAGUGGGAUGAAGCCAUUAAUGUUCUAUCAGGCCAAAAAGGCCUGGAGACAUUAACAAAGCUAGCCGAAGAAUUCAUUGGCCCAUCCCAAAAGACUGCGCUGCGCUUCAAAAUCCUCGUCAGUCGCGAUGGCCUGGUGAGCUUUGAGAAGCACAACAUUGCUCCUGUUCCUACAGAGAAUCUUUUCCCCUUACGGCUACCUCAGCCUGGUGCUCCAUCUACUUCCGGGGAGGCACAGAAAACUCCAUGCUGGACAGUGGCGCCCGAUGAUCUCCAGACUACGGCAUCAGAGUACACACAUUUCAAGACUACAAGGAGAGAAAUGUACGACUCUGCCCGCGAGAGGCUUGGAAUCGCUCCGACUGAUGAGCGAGAAGUACUAUUGGUCAACAAAGGCGACGGCUCCGUCAUGGAAGGAAGCUUGUUCACGCCAUAUUUCUGGAGAGAUGGACGAUGGGUCACUCCGCCUGUCGAUUUGAGCUCUGGAAGUGGUGGCCAAGAUGGUGUCUCUCGACGGUGGGCCUUGGAAAGAGGAAUGGCUGUUGAGCAAGCCGUAUCUGCUGACUCGCUAGCGGAUGGUGAAGAGUGCUGGAUUAGCAACGGCGUCAGAGGAUUCAUCGCGGCCGUUGUUCGGCUUAAGCAGUAA